AUGCAUGCCGUUCUUGCCCCCGGGAAACUCAACAUCUGCCAUGGCAAUGCACAGAGUUUAUGUGCUAGGAAGGGUACUAAGUUGGAUGAAAUCAAGAGCAACCUACAGGAUUCCAAAGUCACCAUCGCCUGCUUUACCGAAUCCUGGCUGACAACAAAGAACACUGAUCGCAGCAUCGCUAUCCCUGGGUUUGCGUUCCUCCGAUGUGACAGGAAGUACUGUCGAGGUGGCGGAAUCGUUAUCUACUUCAAGGAGCACGUGGGAUGUAAAGAAGUUUUCCGGAUCGAGCCAACUGAACAAUCUGCAGACAAAACAGAAUGUUUAGCCUGUGAGCUGCGUUUUGGAUCGGAAAAAGUUUUGCUGGUGGCUGUCUACAACCCCCCUGGGAACGACUGCACUGAUCUUCUCGCUGAGAAAUUGGACGCUCUCAUCGGCAGCUUUGAGUACGUUGUUUUGAUUGGCGACUUCAACACAGACCUGCGCAAACCAAGCAACGAACGCGCCCGACUCGAGUCAUUGAUGAGUACGUUUGCCCUCGUCUCUGUUGGAGAAGAGCCGACGUUUUACCACCGUCACGGGUGCUCUCAAUUGGACCUGCUCCUAUCCAGUUGCUGUGAAAAAGUCCUGCGUUUCAGCCAAGUCGCCUUUCCCGGACUUUCGACGCACGAUCUCAUAUUUGGUUCGCUGGACUUUGACGUUCUCCCUCCAGUGCGAAGCAUCACAUACCGGGAUUAUGUACACUUCAACGCUAACGAUGUCGAGCACGAAAUAAAUUCUGUUGAUUGGUCCGAAUUCUACAACCUUCACAAUCCCAAUGCGAUGCUCGACUUUUUCAACAGUCAUGUCAAACGGAUUCAUGACCAAUGCAUUCCACUUCGCACCUGCUCCAACCGUAAGAAACUCAACCCCUGGUACAACAACGAGAUUAAAAGGUCGAUGCUGGAACGCGACAUGGCGUACGACGACUGGCGCAAGGCUCCGCCGGAACGUAAGACUUUGGCCCACUUACGAUACAAGACGCUGAGAAACAAAACUAACGCACUUGUCGACAGAGCCAAAUCCCAACACACUACACGAUUCCUGGACAGCACACUUCCAGCCAAGACCCUUUGGAAACGUGUGCGCAGCAUUGGCGCAGCAAAGGACAAAACGCCAGCCGUAUGCAGUUUUCAUCCAGACGACGUAAAUCGCACUUUUCUGUCGAGUUUUACCGCCAAGGACUUUCCAAGAUGUUCCGGAGCUGCAACUACUUUCCGUUUCUCGUUCAGGACUGUUCACCAAUGGGAGGUGGUGAACGCCAUCUGUGACAUCAGCUCCAACGCUACGGGACUGGAUGGUUUACCUAUCUGCUUCAUAAAAAUAAUUUUGCCACUUGUCAUUCGCCAAGUAACGUACCUGUUCAACAAGGUGAUUGAGACAUCGAUUUUCCCCAGUUUUUGGAAGCAAGCAAAGGUGUUACCUCUACGAAAAAAGCCGCACAUCAACACCAUCCAGAACCUCAGACCGAUCAGCAUCCUGUGCUCCCUGUCAAAGGCUCUCGAAAAGCUGUUGGAAAAACAAAUGUCGUGCCACCUUAGUGAAAACAAUCUGCUUUCACCUGUCCAAGCCGGGUUUCGCAAAGGCCAAGGGAUCCAAACUGCUGCGGUACGCGUGUACGACGAACUAGCCGCUAUCGUGGACAGGCGGGGAUCUGCUGUUCUGCUGCUGUUGGACUUCUCCAAAGCGUUCGACACGAUACCCCAUGGCAAACUUUGCGCAAAGUUGGAGACGCAAUUUUACUUCUCUGGACCUGCUGUGAACCUUGUUGCAUCAUAUCUCGAUGGACGAACUCAAACCGUUUUUUGCGACGACCAGUGUUCCGACAGUGGCGAAGUUUCAUCAGGCGUUGCUCAAGGGUCGGUGAUCGGUCCAUUGCUGUUUUGCUGUCACGCCAACGAUCUCCCCACGGUUUUAAAACACUGUUCCAUACAAAUGUAUGCCGAUGACGUACAGCUGUUCGUUGGACGGAAUGGGCCAUGCGCUCGCGAGCUCGUCAGAAUGGUGAAUGAAGACCUCGCCAGCAUUCACGAGUGGUGUGAGCGAAACAAGCUUGUGGUGAACCAAGCAAAAAGCAAGGCGUUAUUCGUGAAAGGUGGCCGACGCAACGUUGCUCCCACCAGCUCGCUCCCAAGUCUUCAGUUAGACGGUGAGCGAAUAGUAUGGACCGAGUCGGCGAGCAAUCUGGGCUUUGUUUUUCAAGCGGAUCUCCAGUGGGACGGACUUAUCCACCAGCAGUGCGGCAAGAUAUACGCAGGACUACGUACUCUCUACAGUUCCGCGAGAGCCGCGCCUGUAGCAACCAGACUGAAGCUGUUUAAAGCACUCCUUCUCCCACACUUUCUGUUCGGCGACCUUCUUUACGUCAAGCCCAGCGCCGGAGCAAUGGAUAGAUUGCGAGUCGCACUCAACAGCUGCGUGCGAUUCGUUUACGGCCUGAACCGGUACGCUCGUGUAAGCCACCUCCAGAAAUCCUUAGUUGGCUGCCCGCUGGAUAGACUGUUCCCUUACCGUUCCUGCCUCUUCAUCCGGAAACUGUUCACAACGCGCUCCCCACCACUACUGUACCAGAAACUAGUACCCUUCCGAGGCCGUCGCCAGCAAAACCUGAUCCUUCCACGAAACAACACGUUGGCCUACGCGAGUUCGCUGUUCGUCAGGGGUGCGGUAUACUGGAACAUGCUGCCUGCUGAACUGAAGCGAACGACUUCGGAAGCAACUUUUAAGAGCGGCUGCUUGGCUUUCUGGAACCGACCGCAGCCGUAG